GACAGACGGAGCCAGGUAGCGGCGAGUUGCUGUAGGGACGGCGGUGCCCAGCGGAGCGGAGCGGGCGGGAUGGGGUGUGCGGCUCGGCUGUGGGGCUGGCUCCUCCUUGGCUGUUGCUGGGGCCCGGGGCCCCCCGCCGUCGGUGCUGCUGCGCUCCGGACGGCCACAUACGUGCUCGACGAUGCCGGUGGGCUGGGCAGGCAGUUUGACGGGAUCGGGGCUGUCAGCGGCGGCGGGGCCACAUCUAGACUCCUGGUGAACUACCAAGAACCUUAUCGCUCCCAGAUUUUAGAUUAUCUCUUCAAGCCAAAUUUUGGUGCUUCUUUACAUAUGCUCAAAGUAGAGAUUGGAGGUGAUGGACAAUCAACAGAUGGUACUGAACCCUCCCAUAUGCACUAUGAAAAUGACGAGAACUACUUCCGGGGCUAUGAAUGGUGGCUGAUGAAAGAAGCUAAAAAGAGGAACCCCAAAAUUAAACUAAUUGGAUUACCUUGGACGUUUCCGUCAUGGAUAGGGAAGGGUGAAAACUGGCCCUAUGACUACCCAGAUGUCACGGCUUACUAUAUUGUUUCUUGGAUAUUAGGAGCUAAACAGUAUCAUGAUUUGGACAUUGAUUAUGUUGGGGUAUGGAAUGAAAGGGCAUUUAGUAGCAAAUAUAUUAAGCUGUUGAGAUACACAUUGGAUAAGCAUGGUCUGCAGCAGGUGAGGAUCGUAGCCAGCGAUAGACUGUGGGAGCCCAUUUCCUUUGUCUUGCUGCUUGACUCUGAGCUCCAUGGAGUGGUCGAUGUGAUUGGGGCUCACUAUCCUGGAACAAAAACAGUGCCAAAUGCCUUAUUAACUAAGAAGAAACUGUGGUCCUCAGAAGAUUACAGUACCUUCAAUGAUGAAGUAGGCGCAGGCUGCUGGGCUCGAAUCCUGAACCAAAACUAUGUGAAUGGAAACAUGACCUCAACCAUUGCGUGGAACUUGGUGGCUAGUUAUUAUGAAGAGUUGCCCUUUGGUCGAUGUGGAUUAAUGACAGCGCAAGAGCCAUGGAGUGGCCACUACAAAGUAGAAGCUCCUAUCUGGAUUACAGCGCACACAACCCAAUUUACUCAACCAGGCUGGUCAUACUUGCAAGUAGAUGGACACUUAGAAGGAGGUGGCAGUUUUGUAGCUCUGACAGAUGGCUUAGGAAACCUUACCAUCAUCAUUGAAACUAUGACUCAUAAUCACUCUCAAUGUAUCAGGCCUCCACUGCUUCAUUUCAGUGUGACACCUCAGAGAGCAACUUUCUACCUCAAAGGGUCAUUUUAUAUGGUGGAAACACUUCAAGUGUGGCAUUCUAGACUUGGUUUUGAAUCUGGAAACUCUAGUCUUUUCCAGCAGCUCCAUCCUGUAAAGGUGUGGAAGGGAAGUUUUUCUUUAGAUCUAAACGUGGAUGAAGUCUACACUUUAACCACACUGAAGACAGGGCAGAAAUGUGGUUGCCCAGAGCCCCCACCACCUCAGCCCUUUCCUUCAAAUUACAAAGAUGAUUUCAAUAUUCGUAAUCCACCUUUCAGUGAAGCCCCAAAUUUUGCAGAUCAGACAGGUGUAUUUGAAUACUUUGUAAAUGCUUCUGACCCAGGAGAUCACGUGUUCACACUCCGCCAGGUGGUGGUUCAGAGACCCAUCACUUGGGCUUCUGAUGCAGACCAGACCAUCAGUCUCAUAGGAAAUUUUCAGUGGGUAAACAUGACAGUCACUUGUGACAUCUACAUAGAAAAACAACGUGAUGGGGGUGUGUUUAUUGCAGGAAGAGUUGACAAUGGUGGGAUAUAUGUUCGACGUACCAAAGGAGUUUUCUUCUGGGUUUUUGCAGAUGGCACUUACAGAGUCACUGGUGACCUAGCCGGAGAAGAGAUAUUAAUGAAAGGACUUUCUGGUGUCCGGGAUAAUGCGUGGCACACGCUUACUCUCAACAUUCAGGGGACUUCUGCCUCAGGGCUGUUAAAUGGUUACCCGCUCUGGGAGAAUGUCACCAUUUCUGAACCAAGUAAUGGCUGGGCUGCUAUUGGAACUCGCUCGUUUGAGUUUGCACAGUUUGACAACUUUCACGUUGAAGCUAGCUGAGGUUGCUUCUGCAUUUGGAGAACGCAGUUCUAUUACUUUGAAUAAUAGCUUUCAAACUUUGAGGGCAACUUAACGCUAUGCUGAGACUGAUCUGUUGGCAAGAGAUCUGAAUUCUGUCAUUGUUUAUUAAAGGUUUACUUGAGUAGGUAUCAACAUGACUGUAACUUUAUCCCCUGGUUGCUAUGGGGUGUUUUACCCUUUGAUUUUAGGGGAUAAAUUUUAGUUCAAGGUAAUGAUGAAAACAAAAUAAUGGAUUUAAAUCUCUUCUAAUAACAACAUCUUAACUUCCCAGCUCACUUUUAAGGUAACUUUAGAAGUUAACAGAAGACAGAGGCAUCUCAAGCUGCAUUUUUAACACUUACAUGAUUGUGUCCAUUUUUUUCACUCUGAAAGAAAAAAUUAAAUGCCAGGAAGCCGUAUGAGCCAGUGGCUUUUGUAGGUAUGUCAUUCUCAAACUUCAUUUAGAUGAAGUACCUAGCUUUUCUAUAGUACAAAAAAAGAUGUUUUGUCUGUUUUGCUGCUACAGUCUGAGGCUAGACAUUACAGCACUCCAAAUGCAUUUGAUUACUUCUUCCAACUUUCAUUGCCAGCCUUAAAAAUAGAUCAUACUUUCAGUGGAAUGGAAAUGUGCCUUAUGGCUGAUCAGGCAGUGCCUUACUUCUAAACUACCUCCUCUUUCCAAUGAAAGGGUUGAAAUGGAUGAAAAGGUACCGUAACUUGCAGCUUGUUAAUGAUAGCUUUGUGGAGUUUUUUUUGCAUGGUGCAAAGAAUAAAAACUGCAUCAUGGAUGCUGACAAGGAGAGUGCUUACUUUUGUGUCAGAUCACAUGUGGAAAAACUGGCCCUUUGUUCCUAGAAAUUUGGGCAACCAUCUCUCACUUUUGAUGAAUCUAAAGCUUAGAGCAGAAAAUAAUUAAAGCGUAAUAGUGUUAUUUAGCUUAUUAUAUUACUGUAGCACAGAGGAGAUAUGGAUACCAUCAAAUUCUGGUAUAAAAUUAAAAAAAAAAAAGCCUUUGCCCUUGACAGCUUGCAAUCUAUUAAUAAGGUAAGUAGAUAAGUGACAGCAGGAGAAUGCAGACAUAAUUGUUUAGUGUGCCAGGCUGUGUUACUGACACAAUAGUGUCUGUUUUUAAACUUUUCCUAGGCUUCACAGAGUAAAGUUCAGAGGGGAACUUCAGAUCCUUGGGAAAGGAGGGAUUCCGUUCUGCUGUUGUGUCAUUGUUUUGUUUUGGGUGUUUGGUUUUGUUUUUUUCCUGAAGUUACUGUGCUACAGAAAAACAGAUUCAUUGAGAAUAUAAGGAUGUACUGGAUUGGAUUUUCAUCACAUACAUUCCAAAUUCAGUUGGCUUCUGAAUUUUUCUUGCUUGCUGUUGAACAAUUUGAGUGAAGAUGAUGUCUAUUGCUGUAGUGAAACAUGACUCCUGUGUCCGUCUACUUUUCGCAUUCACAUCCUAUUUAAUUGGCAAGCAGUUCCACAAGACUUGAUAGGGCAGUAGUAGCUGUAUGAGGCUGUCUGUAGCAGGCACUGUCCUGUCCUGAGAAACAGAUUUGCAGUAUACUUGGAUUUAUACAGAUUAUUAUUCUGAUCCACUUUAUUUUGAAGGCUGAUUCCAGUCAGUGUUAACUUCAGCCUCCAAAGUUGUCAUCUAACAGAGUUAAUGUAAUACGAAUCAUUACUGGAAAAAUUUUAUAAAGGUUAUUUUCCAAAUUAGCUUUUGGAGAAGAGAUCUCAAAAUUCAAUCUCUAAUAAGUUAAAAAUGUUUUAUCUUUUGGCUAUUAUACUGAUACUGCUAUUGGUUUGUUAUAAAUCAUUCAUUCAUGCAAGUUUCAUACAUGCUAGCAACCUUGAAAAAUGGUCCAAACCACUAAACUUUAAAAUUCUUGUAGAAGACUCCCAAAGAUUAAGUAACUAUUUCCUUAACUGGGUGAAAAUGAAAGCCACUUUUCCACUUCAGUUGCAUUUGAUGGCUGAAGUAUGAAUGCAAAUCUGUUCAUUAUUUGCUUGACUUCAGAAGGGAUGUCACAGGUAACUCCCAGAUGUGAAGGAAUCUAAUUUUACGUCCUCAUAUUAAAGUAAUAUAAGUAUAGGAAAAGUAGUUCUCAGAGUAAACUUAUUUUAGCUGUGAUGUAUUUUUCCUAGUAGGAUACCUCUUAGAGACCUCCUGGUAGCUGAUGUGGCUGCAAGCAGCAUUGUGUAAGAGCGAGAUCAGCAACGAUGCAGUUAAUCCAAAGGAGCUGUCCAUUUUUUUUUUUUAACCUUUUAAUGCACUAGUGUAAUAAACUGUACUGUUACUUGUGUACUAAACACAAUGUAUUUUAUCACUGGAAGUCCUGGUUUUUUUUUCCUAAUCUUAAUUUAUAAUGUUAGAGGAUUAAACUGAUAUGAACAGAAUAAGUGAUUUAAUGGUGACAUAAUGUUAUUCAUCUUUAUAAGUCUGUAAUUCUUCACCCUUCAGCAGGCUGUAAUAUGUUUGGCAAUAACAAGCUGUCAGGUCUUUCACUGAGGGGUGGAUUUAUGUUGUUGAUUAUAAAUACUAAUCAUUCCAAAUGGACAAAUAAAACACUUAAAAACCCA